UUUCGUUUUUCUUUCAGAUUAUUUAUAGCCAAUCCAACUGACGGAGUUUAUUCCACCAAUCAGAAUUGUUUUCACAAUCAUCGUUGCUGCCAAGGUGCUGCGUCAUGUCUGCGGUGCCAGCGAACCCGGAUGCGAAGCUGAACGAUUUCUUCGCCAAGAAGAAGAAGAAGAAGUCGGCUGUCGCAGCUCCUGUCUCUGCCAUCACUCAUACAUCCCCCGCUCUCGCUACCAACGCAACUGUUGCAGUGCCCCAGAUCGUCAGUCCCUCAACCAAUGGCGGCCCUGCGAUCCAAACAAAGGGCAAGGCGAUUGCCGAGCUCAAAACCGCCGCCACGGACAAUGGGGACGACGAUGACGAUGAAAACGGCGAAACGGGAGGAGCCGCGUCCUUUCAGUGGUCUAAAAAGCCGAAGAAGAAGCCUGUGCAACCGGAAGCCGACAAGCGAAUUGCCAUUCACAGCGAACGAGCGUUCCCGACGUUGGGCAAUGCGGCAGGGGGUGCCGCCGCGGUCGCCGCCGCCUCAUCUGGCAAAGUCAAGCCUCCCGCGGACGUGCGGAGCCAGAAUGUAUGGUCCAAUAUCGACGACAGCGACGACGAUGACAAGUAGUUUCCCUCCAUACUAAUAUCAGCAACAUCACAUGGCUGCGUUCAGACGAUUGUGUUAUGUGCGAUUCCUUACCGCCAGGUCGUACA